CUUGUUUCCCUCUCAUGAAAACUCCAUAUUCACGAAACAAACCCCUCAAUUUGGAGGAACUGAAACCCUACAUAUAAUUUUCCUCAAUCCCUUCCGGUCAUCUUCUUGUUCUUCUUUCUCCCCCCUCCCCAAUAAUUAAUCUUCAAACACAGUGAAGCUGCGACUCUCCAUCUCUCUAUCUCACUCUUGUGCAUACAAUCGGCGGUGAGCGGUUUCAGUGGCGGAGCAUGGCGGCGGACAGUUCUUCGUCGGCGCCUAGAUCUGGGACAUCGCCCGAAUCUUACGUCGGGAGCUUGAUUAGCUUGACGUCGAAGAGCGAGAUCAGAUACGAAGGUAUUUUGAUUAACAUCAACACCGAGGAGUCCAGUAUCGGCCUGCGAAACGUAAGAUCAUUUGGAACAGAAGGAAGGAGAAAAGAGGGUCCCCAAGUUCUUCCCAGUGACAAAGUUUACGAAUUUAUAUUAUUUCGGGGAACUGAUAUCAAGGAUUUACAAGUUAAGACUUCUUCACCUGUUCAGAGUGUACCACAAAUAAACAAUGACCCAGCUAUUAUCCAGUCCCAUUAUCCUCGUCCACCUACCACAUCUUCCAGCUUGCCUACUGUAGUUAGUGCACCAGCAAUGGAUCUUAAUUCUCAGUCCACGCAGCUGGGUAAUCCUGGUUCUUUCUCCCAAGCCCAAAGUGCCCUACCUUUGUAUCAGCCUGGAGGGAAUUUUGGCCCUUGGGGCUCUUCACUUCCACAACAGAGUGCAAGUGCCAGUGGACUUGGCAUGCCAAUGUAUUGGUCAGGAUUUUAUGGUACCCCUAAUGGUCUACCCCAAUUAAACCAACAAUCGCUGCUUCGGCCACCACCUGGAUUGUCGAUGACUCCUUCCAUGCCGCAAAUGCAGUAUUCGGCUUUCAACACAUCAAUUCCAACGGGAGGAUUGGGCUUACCGAGUUCAAACUUGCCUGAAUACCCCUCUCAGUUGAUUUCAAACACUGCUAGUUUACCCUCAUCUUUACCUGCUUCAUCAUUGCCAUCAAGUGUUCAACCCCCCUCAACAUUGCCUUCAACUGUGCUGCCCCUACAACUUGUACCAACUUUGCCUUCAUCUGUUCUGCCAUUUCAGAAUCCGCCACCCAGUUCUGAAACAAUGCCCAGUACUUUGUCAAACAAGACUUCAUUGACAGCGGUUCCCUCAACAACUUUUAAUUCUACUUUGUCAGCAUCUGCUCCUUCUCCUACAGUCCCUGGUGCAACUGCUGUUGGGUCUCUUGUCAGCAAUAUACCCAGCCAUUUCCCAGCUAUGUCUCAAACUAAAGUUUCUGUUGGACCUUCAAAUACUAGUGCUCCAGUGGAGACAGCCACACCUUCACUACUAACUCCUGGACAUCUAUUGCCAUCUGGACCCACUGCUGUCCUACCAAAUCAAUCAGUACAGACUGUACAAAAGGACGUUGAAGUGGUUCAAGUGUCACCAUCAGAACAGUCAGCAACUGUAAAAUCUGAAGCUCAGCCGCCGAUUUUGCCAUUACCUCAACAAACAUAUGUACAAAGGCCGAAUGGAGCUUCACAUCAGAUGCGGCACAGUUAUAGGGGACGUGGAGGAAGAGGAACUGGGAUCUCAAGGCCAUUGACAACUUUUACGGAGGAGUUUGAUUUUAUGGCCAUGAAUGAGAAAUUUAAUAAAGAUGAAGUAUGGGGUCAUCUUGGUAAGACUGCCAAAUCCGAUACAAGGGACAAAAGGAAUGCAAAUGACAAUGGUGAAGAUAAUAAUUUUCACAAACAGGAUGGCGCUGACCUUCCCACGGCUGAUGUCAAGCCUGUUUAUAACAAGGACGACUUUUUCGACUCUCUGUCUUCCAAUGCUCUGGACAGAGAAUCCAAUCAAGCAAGGACUAGAUUCUCUGAGCAAAGGAAGAUUGAUGUUGAGACAUUUGGAGAUUUCUCAAGGUACAGGGGUGGUGGCCGUGGUGGCCGUGGCUCUUAUCGUGGGGGCCGGUCUCGAGGAUAUUACAAUGGUGGAGGAGGUGGAGGAGGAUACACCGGAGGAGGAUACACUGGAAGAGGAUAUGGUGGUGGGUACGGUGGCAGAGGCCGUGGUCGAGGAGCUUCAGAUUAGAGCAAAUAUUUACGGGGUUUGUACCGGUGCAUGUGGUAAAAAGAAGUUUGGCUAAAAACAGAAGUUCUUCACCUCAGGAUUGGCAUGUUUUUUAUUGAUUCUGCAUUGUAGUUUUUGGUCAUUCGAGGAAUAAAUCUAAGGUUGACGUAUGAUCGCUGUCUUGCUAAUCAGUUCCCCCCCCCCCCUCCUCCUCCUCCAAAUUAUAUACAGUUCAUAUAUGAUCAAAGUACAGUGUAUUCAUUUUAAUUUUUGUUUUUUCUAAGGUUGACCAACUGUAAGACCAUAUUCAAUGCAAAUCCCAAACUCAAUCUCUUGCAUUGCAUGAAAAGUAGAAAAAAUGAGACCGUUCCAA